UUCAAUGAAUUCACAAUGAAGUUCUCGACUCUUAACCCGCAGCCUGGCUACAGAGCGAUCCCUGCUUAUCGUCCCACGCCUGGAAACCCGCCUUCAUCCGGAUACCCACACAAUUCGGGUUAUUCUAUUUAUCCUCCCAUGCCAAACUUAUCUGCAUGUCAAUCCCAUUCUUCUGAUCCUCCUGCUGCUCCUGAAUAUCCACCUACGACUGGAUAUCCGCCCACAACUUCUGUAUAUCCACCCACAACUUAUGGAUAUCCUCCAGCUGCAGCCAGUGCUCCCGAAUAUCCAGUUACAUCUGGAUAUCCAUCAGCUCCGCAUUAUGACAUGACUACCUCUUCGGCUGCUGGAAUUCCUAUGACCACUGGAUGCUCAACGUCUUCAGGGUUACAAGAUGGCCUUACAAACGGCCAAGUCUGCGGACAAAAACUGGACAGAAGGGCCUCAGACACGACUUCCUCAUAUGAGUCGAGCAGCGCAGAGGGCCACUAUGCGGUGGACCAACCGACCAUCAUGUGCCUGAGAAAAUUCGACCCCUCGAAGGACGCGUCGGUGCUGAAGAAGGCCACGAACAUCAUUCCCGACGUAGCCUCCAUCAUCAAUAUCCUCGCCAACAGGACCAACGAACAACGCCGAAUAAUUAUUUCGUCUUACAGCCGAGAUUUUGGCAAGGAUUGGCUCGAGAAACUGGAGAAGAAGAUAACUAUUGAGUCUGCGUUCAAGCGCGCUGUGCGUGCUAUUAUGACUCCUACAGCUGUGCUGCUGGCCAGCCAUCUCUAUGACGCGAUCAACGGGCCCGCAACCAAUGUGCUAAUAUUGAUCGAAAUCAUGUGCACUCGCAACAGCGCGGAAAUCCAAGAAAUCAACUCCGUGUAUCAUCAUCUAUACGGUCGUCCGUUGGAAAAUGACUUGGAGGCGAACACGUCUGGGCACGUUCGUCGUCUGCUAAUAUCGAUGACCCCCGGCGCACUCGAUGAGAUGGACCACAACCUAAGCCUGGCGCCGAAGCUGGCGCAGAAACUCCGCCGAGCAGUUGAGUCGUCGGACAAAGUCAAGUUCAACAAGAUCUUGUCUUCCUGCUCUUUCCCUGUGCUACGCUCCGUGCUCGAGGAGUACGAGGAAGUUAAGGGCAAGAGUCUGCUAGACGCUAUCAAUAGCGAGUUCUCAGAGGACAUUGAACCCGGUCUGCAGGCCGUGGUGAUGUGCAUUGAGAACCAAGAUGAGUUCCUUGCCAUUUGCCUGCACGGCGCCAUCACAGCCCAAGGAGCUAAAGAUGACACUCUCAUCCGCAUCAUCGUCACGAGAGCUGAGAUUGAUCUCGGCAACAUCAAGCAAGAAUAUCAACGCCGUUACCGCCGUACGCUCGGGAGCGACAUAUAG